UUUUUCAUAAAAAUUACUCUCGUCAUUCGAAAAUUCGAUUUUUCUUCAUUUCUGCAGUGUAUGUUCGGAGCCGGGAGUGUGAUAUUGAAAAAUGGCAACCAUCAUCAGGGCUUUGUUGAACGGCUAUCACUGGUUCAAUGUUGAACUGGCAGACAUCCGGGGGAGGGAUAAGCCGUAGUCAAAAACAAAGAUCCAAGAACGCAGUCGUGGUUUCUCAUUGGGUCACCUUGGCCUAUCCUGGGCUUGAUAAUUUUCUACAUUCAUUUCGUGGUGUCCCUCGGGCCGAGAUUGAUGAAAGACAGGAAACCGUUCAACCUGGACAGGGUGAUGCAAAUAUACAACGUCGCACAAAUAAUAGUGUCAGCAUACCUGCUUUACAAGGCACUCGUUUUAGCCUGGCUCUGGGAUUACAGUUACGUCUGUCAACCCGUCGACUAUUCGAAGACUCCAAAAGCAAUCGAGAUCGCAGCGACUGUCUGGCUCUACUUCAUAGUGAAGUUGAUAGACCUGUUGGACACGGUGUUUUUCGUCUUACGGAAAAAGCAGAGCCAAAUAUCGUUCCUCCACGUCUACCACCACGCCGGAAUGGUGUUAGGCACAUGGGGUGGCGUCAAGUACCUCGCAGGCGGACACGGGACCUUCCUAGGAGUGAUAAAUUCUUUCGUGCACGUAAUAAUGUACUCGCAUUACCUUGCAACAUCACUAAGGUCCAGCAAGCCAUGGUGGAAGAAGCACAUAACGCAACUGCAGCUAUUACAGUUCGUGCUUAUACUGUUUCACUUCAUGCAGCUGUUGUGGGUUCAGGACUGUGGAUACCCAAGGUGGACGGCGCUGAUUUUCGUACCGCAAAACCUAUUCAUGAUCGUGCUAUUUGGUGAUUUUUACUACAAAACUUAUAUAAAGAAGCCGGUGGCUAAGAAACAACCGGAACAAAACGGCGUCUCGAAGAAGAGCAUUCCCAACGACAAAUUCAACUAGCCCGGAACAAAAUCUCCAAGACUCACUCUAAUAUGUCUAUAUAUAAACGUCAUCCUCGCCUCAUUUCAGAAACUGAGUAUAUAGUCAUUCAUUUGUCGAGAUAAUGAU